AGCGUAGGGCGACGAAGCAAAACAUUUCGUUCCAACUCGUCGAUCGGUGCGCACGUGCGUGCGUGUUGGGUGCGUGCGUAUGUGUGUGUUGUGAACCUUGCUGCUCAGACGACCCUUACCUUACCUUACCCGUGCGUGUCACAAACGGUGCGCUUUCCCCCGCUGGAGCGCUUGUGUGCGUUUAAGCGCGUGUGUGUGUAGGCGUGUAUGCGGAUUUGUUUGUAGGCAAAGUUGGCUUUCCAUCGAUACGUCCCAAACACCAGCAAGAGAGCGCGUCUUGGCACGCUGAAAACGCUGAUCCGUGAUCCCCGGAGCUGGUAGCGUGUGGUCGUCGUGUGUGCGUGUUUGUGUGUGCACGCUCGCUAGUGUGUGGCGUGCGCCUUCGAUGGUUUUGGUGUGGUGCACUCUGUGCGUGCGCCAGCAGUGAGAGACGUCCGUAAAAGGGAGAAAACCCGCGCGCCCUCGCAUACCCGUGCGCGCGCGUGUGUGCGUGUGUGUGUGUGUGUGGAACACACGGGGUCUCGCGGAGAAGAGUUUCCAAGUUUUCCACCGUACAAUUUCCACCAUACCCCCGGAUUGGAUACGCCGAGAUAAAGAGUGAGAUAGCGAGAGAGAAAGAGAGAGAUUUCUAGUGCGAGAAUAAGCCGUUGUGUGGUACUGCUGUGCGUGCGCGCCCGUGUGUGCGCAAGGUUUUACUUUUUGAUAUUAUUUCCCCGCCUCCGUCCCGUCCCCUGCCCUGCCAGCGCGCAUUCGUUCGCAUCCCAGUCCCUGUGCGAAAGGGGCGGCGGGUGGUGUGUGCGUGUGUGAGUAGUGUGUGCGGCAGCAGGCAAGUGUGUAAGUGAGAGAGCGCGUGCAAUUGCUUGUACGUGCGUGUGUGUGUGCGUGCGUUUGCACUGUUGUUGCUGCUGGUGGUGCUGUAUGGUGUUGUGUUUCUUCACGAGCGCUGCUGCUCUGUUGCUGUUGCCAUCAUCAUCAUCAUCAUCAUCGCCGUUAGGAGGAAGCGCGGCUUUGAGAUCAUCUCUCCGUGUUUCGGUUGUGUGUGUCGCGCUGUGUAGUGCACUAAAGCACCAGGGAAAACUCUCACAUUAAACUCCCGCUACGCCCGGAUUCGCUAAAAUGGCCACGAGCGACGACGAACAUUUCCAUCUGUACGAGGUGUUUCAGAAUUGUUUCAAUAAAAUCGCCAACAAGCAGCCGCCUGAAAAAGCAGGCUACCAAUCACCAUAUGGCGGCAUGGACAAUGGCGUGUACGCCCCGGAGGAGUACACGCACGAGAGUCCGGUUACGGGCGGGCAGCGAUACACGUCCCCGAAGGCGGGCGGCGCACUGUACCAGCCGGAACCGUACUACGACUCGCCCGGCGGCUCCUGGUACCCGUCCUCGUCGAGCGGAGCGUACGCACCACAUUCCGGUACGGGCGGCGGCGGCGGCGGCGGUGGUGGCGGCGGCGGCUACCACAACGUAGGUCACGGGACCCAUCUCGGUGGGGGUGGGGCCGGCGGUGGCCCCCAGCACAACCAUGACCAGUACGCGAUGUCGCCGGUCGGUGUGCCGCACAUGGACGGCGGCCAUCUUUCACAGAAUCAAACGCAAGCACUUCCACCGAUGAGCACGUUCCGGGGCAAUAACGCGCAGAUACCGCCGAUCGGUACGCAGGGCCAGAACUCACCCGCAAUCUACAACGCGCUCGCCGGCGGUCACCACAACCAGCAUGCGCAGCAUAGUCCAAUUGUACAAAACGACACCCUGGUCGGCAAGGCGCUACAGACGAUGUACCCAACCGAUCAGAGCAUUAGCAGUUACGGUUCCAACCCCAACACGCCAGUGAACUCACCUCCACCGCUCACGUCCCAGCAGCAGGCACAGCAACAGCAACAGCAGCAACAAGUACAGCAGUCCCAGCAAGCGUCGCAGCAAAGUAUUCAUGCCGCCGCCGUGCCGGCGAGCGGCGGCUCCACCGUCGUCGUGCCCGGCGGUGGCGUUCCCGCGUCCGUUGCGUCGGCGGCCACUGCGGCGGCCGUCGCGGCGGCGGGCGGCGCCUGGCAGCAGAUCAACCCGGCGGUGAUCAACAGCAACGGUGGCGGCCCGGCCGUACUCAACAGCCUAUCGAACGGUUCCUACGCGCCCGAGCUAGUGCAUCGAGGACUGCCCCAUAUGGCCAAUUCUCCCGAGAUACAGCCGCUAGAUGAGGCGAUCGUGUCACUACUAAGAGAGCAUGAAAACGUCACGUCCCUGCAAGGGUCACGCAUGGAGGAACGGCUGGACGAUGCCAUCAACAUACUGCGAAAUCACUGCGAGCCGCAGGUCGGUGUGUCGCUCUCUUCAAUCGACCCUGCCGCGACCGUCUCACCGUACUCGACCGGCAGCGGGCCGAUCAUUCCACCCUCCUCCCAGCUGCAGCAGCACCCGGACGCGCCGGCCGAACUUUCCACCGUCCCCGUGAAAACGGAACGACUCCCCGGCAGCGGCCCGGUCUCGGUGAACAACAUUUAUCAUUUAUCCUCAGAGAAACGCAAAGAGCCUCCAGAUUCCGACACCAAACCGAGCAGCUCCGUGCAGGGUUCGGCGAAGGGUGCCAAGCGGCAGCGCAAGUAUAGUAAAACCUCGCGCAGUUGUUCCAGUGCUGACGACGACGAUGACGACGACGAUCUGGACCCGCUGGCAAAGGAUCGAAAGGAGCGGGAGCGAAGGCAAGCCAACAAUGCGCGUGAAAGAAUACGUAUUCGGGAUAUUAAUGAGGCGCUGAAGGAGCUGGGACGCAUGUGCAUGUCGCACCUGAAAUCAGACAAACCACAGACCAAGCUGGGCAUACUGAACAUGGCUGUAGAAGUGAUAAUGACUCUCGAGCAGCAAGUGCGAGAGCGUAAUCUAAACCCGAAGGCGGCUUGCCUGAAGCGGCGAGAGGAGGAGAAGGCCGAGGACGGUCCGAAGCUACCCCCGCAUAUCCUACAUCAAUCAGCCUACCCUACGCUACCUGGUGCUCCGCCAAGUCUACCGCACAGUGGACCACCACAAUAGCAUACCAAUUUUACCUGCUUUAUUCGAAGAUAACAAACCACAGCACAACUCUUACGGGCAGAAUCCGCACAACCAGUCCAAUACAAGUAAUUAGAUAAAAGAAUGGAACGAGGAAGAUACUUGGUGGUCUAUAUCCACGGCUGCCAGGAAGCAGUACAUCACACACAAAAACCUUCAAGGGUUAAGAAAGGUGUUUAGUUUAGGCGUAGGUAUGGGUGUGUGUGUGGGGCGACAAAUCGAAGCGAGUGAAGCACAAUAGGAAAAAUGGAAUUAAAAAAAAAUGCUGGCAUGUUAGGACGAAGCACGGAAGCAUAAAGUGUACAUAUGUGAAGCGCUGGAAGAAACGCAAGGAAGAAGUAAGAUGCUGUACGUGUGUAAGUAGAACAAAACGUGUUGUAUAAACAACGACAAGGAAACGGAAGGUAGCACUAGUAGUUGCGGCGUGUGAAAUGUAUCACACACGCGCACGUGUCAACAUGUAUUUCAGCCCGUUUUCAGUCGCGCGCAAAACAUUACAAAUCCCUCUCCUCCGUCUCCCACUACUGUUCAAAAGCUCUCUCACUUUCUCUGGUAGCGGCCACUGUUGGACAGUGCGAAUCAGCGGACAGUGCAGAAGGAGCUGUGUGCGUCUUUUAUACAGCGAUAGGCAGAACGCAGGAAAUACUUAAUGCAUAAAGUAUUUGGUGCGAUGGUGUAAAAAAUACGUUCAAACUUUUUUGUUUUGUUUUUUAAGCAAUCAAUACAACACCCCGUGACAGCGAUUGAACGCCGUGGUGUGCAAGAAGCGUGUGUGUUUAAGGUGAACCAGAACUAGGCUAGGGCGAUUUUAUUGCACACAAUGCACGCAUGGCACGCGCAACUCGGGGCAGAAAGUGUAACAAUUUCUUUGCAAAUAAAAUUAGCGUAAAACAUUACGCUAGCAGCAGAUAGCAACAGCAGGGGGAGCUGAUAGAGGACUAUUUUUUUUUGUUAUUAAUUCGGGGUGAAAAAAAAAAGAAAAAAAAAGAAAUACACAAACAUAAUCGAACGAUUACAGUACAUCACCCCUGAACAGAUUCCUAAUAGGACAAGGACAGAGAGAGAGAGAGAGAGAGGGUGCGACGCGACAUAUGUGGAAACGUUAUAGUGGAAAAGAAGAACAGUAAUAAUAUCUUUUAGUAUUCUCUAUAUAUAUAUACACACACACAACAUAUAUAUAAACUAUAUCGAUAUAAAACCUACAGCAGAAAAAAGCAAGAAGGUCGCGGAAGGAAUGUGUAGAGAGAAGAAUGAAUUUCCAUGAAAUCAAGCCAUGAAUCGAUGAGAGCGCGAGCGCGCGCGUUUGUACCACAAUAGCGAGAUCAUCAUUUUCUUGACGUAGUAAAGGGAGCGUAUUACCAGCAACGUUGUUAGCGAAGCGAGUGAUUGAAUCAUUCGUUGGAAGGGUUUAGAUAAGGGAAAGGAAUUAAGCACCGCCACCAUUAACUCUUGGCCAGAAAAAAAACCGGUCAGGAAAAAGGAAAGAGGACAAACAAUGCGUUCAUAUAACCAGUGAAAGAAGUUUAUUCUUCUAUCUGUGGGUGUGUGAGAGAGAGAAAGUGUUCGCAAGCGUGUCUGAUGGUAGGAAAAUGAGACAUUUCAUGGUUUUGGAUCGGGAAUCGAUCCACCCGUUUUUUGGGUCCAGGCCGCCGCCGGUUUGAAUCAUAUCAUUUUUGAGAGGACGUUCGAGACUUAAACCAGUACUUAGUAAGUUACCAGUUACCAGUGUACUUAUAUCGUAACUUGUGUCGACGAGGAUUCGCUUUUUCGUUAAACUAUUGUUCUUUUUUGAAACUGUGUUCAUUAGUAGCGUGUAGUAUGCAGCAGAGUCACUUCGAGCUGUUUGAGCUUUGGUUUGAAAUGCACCCUUUCCCUACCAUCAGACGCGCCAACAACUUUGCGUCCGAACAGUUCCUCAGGAACCGAAUCCAUGAUAACCGUGAAUGCACGAUAAUCAACGACAGUAUUUAUAUUAUUCAACACAUGUUUUGUUAUAGUGUACAAGUUUUCGGUUUCAUGUGUAUCAAACACGAAAGCUUAAGCCCUCAAAUGAAGUCGAAAGCUUCAAAUCAAAAGGCUUGACAGUUUAACAUCACAAGACAAUUUUCGUAAAUGACCAUCACACAAAGCAACACACAAACAAUCAAUUAAUUAUACCCUUUUUAAUUGAAAUAUCGUAUAAGAAAAAAAUUACAUCACACAUUAUCGGAAUGCCAUAAGAAUGAUAGUAUUUUGCUGCGUUUGAUAUAAUCUGAUUGUGUUUAGAUCACAGAAAAACUAGAAGGUUUAGAUUUUUUUUUAGCAGCAUUAAGCAACGCUUUUCCGGUGGCGCUGAAUGAUUCUUUUUUUUCCUCAUUUUCCCUCAACCCGAUUUUGCUGCGUCGAUUAAACGUAGCGAAUGAUCGCUAACUUCAAACUACUACGAUCAGCUCGAGGAGCAGCGCUCUUAUGAGAACUGUAAACUAACUAAACGCGCCAAAACAGUGUUUUUACAAAGAUGUGAUAAAAAAAAUGUUUCGUGAACAACAAGUGUACGUGUGUGUAUGUGUGUGUUUCUGUAAUGCUAGAGAGCAAAAGGAAAGGAAUAGAAUAAGGAACUCUUCAGGAAGCAAGAACGAGUGCAACGAUUUCAUACGGCCAACCAUCUCGACAAAUCAGUCAAUCUUGAGAGGGGAAACACCUCUAACAUGUUUUAUAUUUUCUAUUUUAUACUGCUACGUUCUUUACAAUGAUAUGUCUAUGAAAAGUGUCAAUGAUUAGAUUCUGCAAAUGUGUCGCGACACAUCCGUGUACGUGUUAAACAUUGAUGCAAAGAUUCAAUGUGAAGCUUUUAAGCAAGAUGGUGAAAAUGUCUCGAUAGUAUUAUUCAUAUUUCUAGCCAAACUUUCUAGAAAACAAAAGUAUCAAGACAUUCUCAAUCGUUCAUAUUAAGUGUGUCGCCACGUGUUAGCAGAAUUUAUAUAAUUGACAGAAACCACAAAAGCAUAAGCAUUGUGUCAACUUCAAUUUUACAUUCAUAAUUUUCUCACUACAGGCGGUCCCCGAGAUACACGGUACCUCUUAUACGCGGAUUCGGAGAUACGCGGUUUUCUAAAUUUGACAAUUCUUUGAGCAAAUUGUACUGAUUUGACACAUCAAUUUUAAAUUGCCAAAUAAUUUCCGUUUUGAUCGAAUGUUAAAAACUAUUUCAAAUGGUUUAAAACUGUUAUAUUCAGUCAGAAUCAUAUCAACUAAUUCAUAAAGUAACUAUAACCUCCCCCUACUUGCAAAAUUACACGACCAUUAUUGAUAUUUUAGCUGGAAACCACGAGAUUCGACUUACGCGGAAAUUCGAGAUACGCGGUAUUUUGUGGCCGUUUUCGGUCCCCAUUAACCGUGUAUCUCGGGGACCGCCUGUACUACUUUCUAUUGGUAAAGCUAGGCUAAAUGGCUCGUUAAAAUGAUUCUGAGUUUAAUUUCUUUCAUUUUGCUCUUACAUUGUUUAAAGCACACAUCGCCAAUACCCGUUUGCUAAUAACUGCUCCACGCAUUUGUGUGGAUUCAGUGGUACCCCAUAAAUGAGAGAAUGAAAACGUGCUCGUGGUGUGUUUAUUUUACGCGUUAUAGUUUUCCUAUGAUUUAUUUUUAAAAACUGAAAUGCAUGUAUAGAGAAACGUUCUUUAUGUAUACUUUUUAUAUAGUUUUUUUCUACCGAUUCCGGUGCGGUGUUUUUAUUAUCUUCCAUUUGAUUUUGGUAUUUUGUUUCCAAAGCAAAAUAGAAAAAAACAAGGCUACAAAUGUGUAACAGUGAACGAGGAGAGAGAGAGAAAAGAGCAAGAGUUAAACGUCACAUGUGUUAGGGAUUUAUUUUUCGCCAUUUUAUAAAUAUUCUGGCCUUCCAAUGUUCGUUUUAUGUUAACUGCUAUUUUAAUUAUUUUAUUUUACCAUAGUAAUAUCUUUUAAGGUGACUUAUAUUAGAUGAGUGUGCGCGUGUGUGUGUGACGAGAUAUGCUGCAUGCGGCAGAAAUCACAAAAGCGAAACAUAAUCAAUCAACAUUAGGAAAAGAAGGGAGGCAAACACCCCGACACACAUCACACAGCGCCCGUUAUGCCGUUAAGCGGUGUUGCGGCGUUAGGUUAGGUUAAGCGAAAAGAGUAUUUUACACACGCACACACAACUGGAGUAUAUAUUAUUUUCUAAACGAUGCUUUAGUUUUAGUCUGUCCCUUAUUUUUCAAGAAUGUGUUAUACAUACACUUGCUUUUACUUUGUUCUUCUAGUGACAGAGACCGAACAAUGCUAACCCGGAACUGUGUGGUGAUUUCGUUCGGUAAAUGGUUUUACAAAAUAAGGAUGAAGAAAAGAAAGGUGUAUGAAAAUGAUGGUGCAAAUGAAAGCUAAAAUCAGUAAAGUGCAAAUGAAACACUGAGUAGCGGGGGAAAAAAAGGAUGCACAAAGGGUCUGUUCCUCAUUUUUCAUGGAUUUUUUGGUUUUUAUUUGCUCUGUUUUGGGACACACGCGAAAUAUGCGCUCAUGGUUUAUACUGUUUCUUUCUUUUUUUUCUACAAGUAUUUUUCCAUGUUUUUACAUUGCUUUACCAAAGGCGCCGUGCUGGUGGUUUCGAUUGCACGAUGGAACGUAACACAAUCCUGCAACACACACAAUACACAAUCGUUCGUCAUGCAAAAACGCUCGUCCGUACAACGAACACAGUAUAUAGACAAAUCAGAAAAAUGGGAAGAAAACACUAGCAAAAUAUCGAAAUGCGUGUGCUCAAAUCGAUAACGCAGUUUUGUUGCUAUUCAAAGUAAUAAUUAAAAAUAAACAACCAAGCCAAUGCAUGAACAUCCUCCAACAAACAACAAGCCACGAUGUGAACGAGAAGAACGAAAUGAAUAACGAAAUAGAUAAAGCAAGUGAGCAAACAAAAAAAGAA